UUGGUCCGGCAGAUUAGCCACACAGCCCUUAUGGGCUCUUCAUGUGCACCGAGGUGACAGUGUGUUCUCAAUGUGAAACUUCCAGUGAGCGAAUGAGCCGCCCUGCAGUUCCCCUUCACUCCUCCCCCAGCCUUUCCUUCGGUCUUCCCUGAAUCACUGGCUCCUCAUGUCUGUGCAACAGCUGAGAGUGUACACACUGAGUGCAAUAACGCACCGCAGCACAGACGCACCGACAGAGGCAACAGCAGCCACCCCGGGGAGCCCCUGCCGCUACUCUCACUGGCUUUCCCUAUCACAGCCACACAGACUUCUCCUUUCUGAUUUACUUCUGCCAGGCUGGAGAUAUGCCACCUGGAUCCCUUCUCUACCUCUCUUGGGUUAUCACUCUCAAUCUUGCAUCUACCUCUUCUGAAAGCCAAGACAUCUCCUGUCCCCUCGGAUAUUUUCCCUGUGGCAAUAUCACUAAGUGCCUUCCUCAGUUUAUGCACUGUAACGGAGUGGAUGAAUGUGGGAACCAGGCAGAUGAAGACAACUGUGGAGACAACAAUGGGUGGUCCCAACAGCUUGAUAAACUUUUUGAAAAGCACUACGAGAAAAUUGGUUUGAAUGUAUUUGACUUGGAGAUGAAGCCAUCAGAAUGCACACUCGGGCCGGUGCCAACUCAGUGCUUGUGCCGAGGCUUAGAACUUGACUGUGAUGGAGCCAAAUUACGCACUGUCCCUUCUGUCUCUCCAAAUGUGACCAUUAUGUCUUUGCAGAAUAACAUGCUAAGAAAACUUGGGCCUGAUGAAUUCCGUAUUUUUCCAGAUUUACGCAAAUUGUAUCUGCAGCACAAUAACAUAAGAACAGUAUCUGUUCAUGCCUUUAAAGGACUCUACAACUUGACAAAGCUGUAUCUGAGUCACAAUGAAAUAACCACUCUUAAGCCGGGAGUGUUUGAAGAUCUGCACAGACUGGAAUGGCUGAUAAUUGAAAAUAACAAAAUUACCCGUAUUUAUCCCCAAACAUUUCAAGGGCUGAACUCACUCAUUCUUCUAGUUAUGAUGAACAAUUUCCUUGAACGGCUGCCUGACAAAUCUCUUUGCCAGCACAUGCCUAAAUUAAAUUGGUUGGACUUUGAAGGAAAUAAUGUCCAGAGUUUAACAAACACAACUUUCAUUUCCUGCGCUACCCUAACUGUUCUGGUUAUGCGAAGGAACAGAAUCAGCACAAUAAGUGAGAACACAUUUUCAUCUCUCUACAGACUGGAUGAGCUGGACUUAGCUAAUAAUAGAAUUGAAGCGUUCUCUCCAUCUUUAAUGAAGGGUGUAAAAGAAUUAUCACAGCUAAAUAUUUCCCAUAAUCCGAUCCAGAAGAUUCAAGCAGACCAGUUUGAUUAUGUAAUUAAACUGAAAUCGCUAAGCCUGGAAGGAAUUGAGAUUCCAAACAUUCAAAGAAGGAUGUUUAUGCCACUCAAAAAUCUAACUCAUAUAUAUUUUAAGAAGUUCCAGUACUGCGGCUUUGCUCCACAUGUGAGAAACUGCAAGCCAAACACAGAUGGGAUCUCAUCUUUGGAAAAUCUGCUAGCAAGUAUAGUUCAGCGUGUCUUUGUGUGGGUUGUGUCUGUAAUAACCUGCUUUGGAAAUAUCUUUGUCAUCUGCACAAGACCUUACAUUAGAUCUGAGAAUAAGCUCCAUGCAAUGUCCAUCAUGUCUCUCUGUUGUGCUGACUGUUUGAUGGGAGUAUACUUAUUUGUUAUUGGUUACUUUGACCUGAAAUACCGAGGUGAAUACAAUGAGAAUGCCCAAGCGUGGAUGGACAGCACACAGUGUCGGCUGGUUGGAUCAUUAGCUAUACUGUCCACUGAAGUAUCAGUUUUGCUUCUUACAUAUUUAACUUUGGAAAAAUAUAUUUGCAUAGUGUACCCUUUCAGAUGUCUGAAGCCUGGAAAAUGCCGGACAAUCACAACUUUGAUACUUAUUUGGAUUAUUGGCUUUGUAAUAGCAUUUAUACCCCUAAGUAAUCAAACAUUUUUUCACAAUUACUAUGGUACUAAUGGAGUCUGCUUCCCAUUGCAUUCGGAGCAACCAGAAAGCACGGCAGCACAGAUAUAUUCGGUCAUUAUUUUUUUAGGAGUAAAUCUGGCUGCUUUCAUCAUCAUUGUAUUUUCCUAUAGCAGCAUGUUUUAUAGCAUUCACCGGACAGCCAUCAUGGCAACAGAAAUACACAAUCAUAUCAAAAAGGAAAUGACUUUAGCAAAGAGAUUCUUCUUCAUUGUCUUUACAGAUGCACUGUGCUGGAUACCUAUUUUCAUACUCAAACUCCUAUCUCUGCUUCAGGUUGAAAUCCCAGGAUCCAUCAGUUCUUGGGUAGUGAUAUUCAUACUGCCAAUCAACAGUGCUCUCAAUCCAAUCCUGUAUACUAUAACAACUCGGCCAUUUAAAGAGAUGAUCGGCCAAAUCUGGAGUAACUACAAACAGAGACGCUCCAUUGGGAACAGGAACAGCCACAAGGCCUGUGCGCCCUCCUUCUUCUGGGUAGAAAUGUGGCCCCUGCAAGAAAUGUCUCCAGAAAUAAUGAAGCCAGGACUUUAUACAGACUCGGAAAUGUCAGUAACAACUCACUCCACUAGACUAAGCUAUACAUAAAUAAAUAACUGUCAAGCGACGACACAGUUGUCAAAAUUGUGGACUAGAACUGGAGUGCAAGGUUUUUUUUAAAAAGUUUACUUUUUUUAGUUUUUUUUUUUUACAAAAAAAAUAUAUACAUAUAUAUAUAUUUCAGCAGCCCUACACGGAACUUUCCAUCGCUGUUUUUGAGUUUACUCUAACCUAUAAAACACAUUGUUGAAAGAGACCAUCGCGCCUCAAUUUCUGAAGACUGAAUAUUGAUAUGGCAAAGCUUGCUUGGUGAAUGGAGUUAUCGCAUCGGGCCCACCGCCUUAAGGGUUACACUGCUGUGAGAACUUCACGGCAUUAUAGUGGCAGAAAACAGCCAUUGAAAUGAACGCUAUACAUUGCUGAAGCAGUUGUUUUAAUGAUCUGACAAAGAAGUAUUCUGAAUGGUGACCUAAUGGAGCUGUUUGUAGCUAAUCAUGCUGUGAUCACCAAGAUCAUCAAGAUCUACUGUUGGACCACAAUCUACCUUUUGGGGGACCCCUGACCUACAGCUUUUAAGGAAAACCCAGUUAGAAAUUGGCAUAUUUCUACAUUGUAUAAUUAUUUAGCAGUUUAUUCAAAUACAAGCUGAAUACCUUCAUGGAAGGUGCAGAAUAUGUUACUUAAGCAUUCACAACAUUGUUUGGUACAAAAAUAAGUAAACAUGUUGCUUUAUGUAUAAGGGCAAAAAAUCUUUUUCCUAAAUGUUUGGAACAAAAUGUGUAAACUUUCCAGCGAUUUACAAAUCAAAACAUUUUACAAAUACAGGUAUGAAACCUGUUAUCUGAAAACCCAUUAUCCAGAAAGCUCCAAAUUACAGGAAGGCCAUCUGUUAUAGAUUCUAUUGUAAUCAAAUACAGGCAUGGCAUCAAUUAUCCGUAAACAAGAACUUUAUACACAAAGUUCCAAAUUACAGAAAAGACAUCUCCCAUAGAUACCAUUAUAAGCAAAUAAUUCUAAUU